CAGUUUUGGUUGAAGACGGUAUCCAGGGAACCCAUUUCUCUCUCUGGGAGAUGCCUGCUGGUUGUUGCUAAGGUUGCUUCCACAGUAACAUGUGCAUCUUGUUUACACGUUCAUCGGAAGAAGUUGCACUCGGCUAAUUCCACUAGUAUCACCUAGGGAGCAAGAGAAGGAAGUGCUGGAUCUGCAGUCUUACAAUCUUGCACUAAAUCCUUUCUCCUCCCUGAGGAACUGUGUCUAAUCCCCUACCAAACACUUCACUGGACUGCAUUUCAUGUGGAGCUCCAAAAGUUGCAUUGCCUGGUCUAGUGGAGGAAAGAGAUCCGGAGGUGAAAAGGAACACACAACUUUUUCUGGGCUGUUUCCUCACUGAACCCAUUCCCUUGUUGUCAAGAUGACAAAUAACUCUGCAGAUCAUCAUCCUGGGAACUCUGUGGCAGAAGGCAGCUAUGAAGGGGACUUUGGCUGCUCCGUUAUGGACUUACGGGAUCUUAUGGAGCUUCGCAGUGCGGAGGCAGUGACCCGAAUAAAUGAUACCUAUGGGGGAGUGCAUAAUAUUUGCAAGAGAUUGAAGACCUCACCAAUUGAAGGCUUGUCUGGGAACCCAGCAGAUCUAGAAAAAAGAAGACAGGCAUUUGGCCAGAACUUCAUUCCACCCAAAAAGGCCAAAACCUUCCUGCAGUUAGUUUGGGAAGCAUUGCAGGAUGUCACAUUAAUCAUCUUGGAAAUUGCAGCCAUAAUUUCUCUGGGUCUCUCUUUCUAUCAUCCUCCUGAUGGCGACAAUGAAAUGUGUGGAGAAGCAAAGGGCAGUGGAGAAGAUGAAGGCGAGGCUCAGGCUGGCUGGAUUGAGGGAGCAGCCAUCCUCUUCUCAGUUAUUAUUGUGGUGUUGGUCACAGCCUUCAAUGACUGGAGCAAAGAGAAACAAUUCCGGGGUCUGCAGAGUCGCAUCGAGCAGGAGCAGAAAUUUACUGUCAUCCGUAAGGGACAAGUGAUCCAAAUUCCUGUAGCUGAGAUUGUGGUUGGGGACAUUGCUCAAAUCAAAUAUGGGGACCUGUUGCCAGCAGAUGGCAUUUUGAUCCAAGGAAAUGAUUUGAAAAUUGAUGAGAGCUCUCUGACUGGGGAAUCUGACCAAGUGAAGAAAUCUUUGGAUAAAGACCCUAUGUUGCUUUCUGGCACUCAUGUAAUGGAGGGCUCUGGUCGAAUGGUGGUGACUGCUGUGGGUAUCAACUCACAGACUGGAAUAAUUUUUACUCUUCUGGGUGCCGGAGAAGGGGACGAGGAAAAAAAGGCCAAGAAAGGUAAAAAAACCGGAGCCCCUGAAAAUCGCAACAAAGCCAAAACUCAGGAUGGAGUGGCCCUGGAGAUCCAACCACUGAAAAGCCAAGAAGGGGUGGAGAAUGAGGAGAAGGAGAAGAAAAAAGUGAAGAUCCCAAAGAAGGAGAAAUCAGUGUUGCAGGGAAAGCUAACCCGCUUGGCAGUUCAGAUUGGAAAAGCAGGCUUGAUUAUGUCAGCAAUCACAGUUAUUAUUUUGGUGCUAUAUUUUGUGAUUGAUACUUUUGGGAUUCAAGGAAAAUCAUGGCUGGCUGAAUGUACUCCCAUUUAUAUCCAGUACUUUGUCAAGUUCUUCAUUAUUGGUGUCACUGUGCUAGUAGUAGCUGUUCCUGAAGGCUUGCCCCUGGCUGUCACUAUUUCUUUGGCCUACUCUGUGAAGAAAAUGAUGAAAGAUAACAAUCUGGUUCGGCAUCUGGAUGCUUGUGAGACAAUGGGAAAUGCCACCGCUAUUUGCUCAGAUAAGACUGGGACCCUCACAAUGAAUCGGAUGACUGUGGUGCAAGCUUAUGUGGGAGACACACACUAUCGACAGAUUCCUGACCCAGAAGCUAUUCUGCCCAAGGUCCUGGACCUUAUUGUCAAUGGUGUUUCAAUAAAUUCAGCCUAUACUUCUAAAAUCUUGCCACCAGAAAAAGAAGGAGGACUCCCACGUCAAGUUGGUAAUAAGACGGAGUGUGGACUUCUGGGCUUUGUUCUGGACUUGAAGCAGGAUUAUCAAGCUGUCCGUAGUGAAGUGCCUGAAGAAAAGCUCUAUAAGGUCUACACCUUCAAUUCUGUACGGAAAUCUAUGAGUACAGUGCUAAAAAACCAGGAUGGGAGUUUUCGCAUGUACAGCAAAGGAGCCUCUGAGAUCAUCCUGCGCAAGUGCACAAAAAUUUUGGACAAAAAUGGGGAAAUUCGAUUAUUUAAAGUGAAAGACCGGGAUGAGAUGGUGAAAAAAGUGAUUGAACCAAUGGCUUGUCAGGGGCUACGCACUAUUUGCCUGGCUUACCGGGAUUUCCCUGCUGGUGUUGAACCUGACUGGGAUGCUGAAAAUGAGAUUUUGUCUGACCUUACUUGCAUCACUGUUGUUGGCAUUGAGGAUCCUGUUCGUCCAGAGGUACCUGAGGCCAUUCAGAAGUGCCAGCGUGCUGGUAUCACUGUCAGGAUGGUUACAGGUGACAACAUUAACACAGCACGUGCCAUUGCAACUAAGUGUGGGAUCCUGCUGCCCGGAGAGGACUUCCUGUGCUUGGAAGGGAAGGAAUUUAAUCGGCUGAUCCGCAAUGAGAAAGGAGAGGUGGAGCAAGAACAACUGGAUAAAAUCUGGCCUAAACUUCGAGUCUUGGCACGUUCUUCACCAACUGACAAACACACCCUUGUGAAAGGAAUUAUUGACAGUACUGUUGGGGAGCGGAGGCAGGUGGUAGCUGUAACUGGAGAUGGCACCAAUGAUGGCCCAGCCUUGAAGAAAGCAGAUGUUGGAUUUGCUAUGGGCAUUGCUGGCACAGAUGUGGCUAAGGAGGCUUCAGACAUUAUCCUGACAGAUGAUAAUUUUACAAGCAUUGUUAAGGCAGUGAUGUGGGGCCGCAAUGUAUAUGAUAGCAUUUCCAAAUUCCUGCAGUUCCAGCUGACAGUCAAUGUCGUGGCUGUGAUUGUGGCAUUCACGGGUGCUUGCAUCACACAGGAUUCACCUCUGAAGGCUGUCCAGAUGUUGUGGGUGAACUUGAUCAUGGACACCUUUGCCUCAUUAGCUCUUGCCACAGAACCCCCUUCAGAGUCUUUGCUCCUGCGUAGGCCAUAUGGUCGCAACAAGCCACUAAUUUCCCGAACCAUGAUGAAGAACAUUCUGGGACAUGCCGUGUACCAGCUCACCAUUAUUUUCACAUUACUUUUUGCAGGUGAAAUAUUUUUUGAUAUUGACAGUGGCCGGAAUGUCCCCCUCCACUCCCCACCCACUGAGCAUUACACAAUUGUCUUCAACACCUUCGUCAUGAUGCAACUGUUCAAUGAAAUCAAUGCUCGCAAAAUUCAUGGGGAAAGGAACGUAUUUGAGGCCAUCUUCCGGAAUCCAAUCUUCUGUACAGUGGUGCUAGGAACCUUUGUUGCUCAGAUUAUUAUUGUGGAGUUUGGUGGUAAACCAUUUAGUUGCUCUGGGCUUACUUUGAGUCAGUGGUUUUGGUGUAUUUUCAUUGGUGUAGGAGAGCUGCUUUGGGGACAGUUGAUCAGCACUGUUCCAACAAGUCAACUGAAGUUCCUGAAAGAAGCUGGUCAUGGGAUUACCAAAGAAGAUAUUCCAGAAGAUGAGUUGCCUGAAGGCCUAGAUGAAAUUGACCAUGCUGAAAUGGAGCUUCGACGUGGACAGAUCCUGUGGUUCCGUGGUCUGAACAGAAUACAGACUCAGAUGGACGUAGUUUACACAUUCCAGACCGGCGCCUCCUCUUUACAGGGAGCCCUCAGGAGACAGCCUUCCAUCGUGAGCCAACACCACGAUGUAAAAAAUGUUUCUAGCCCAACCCAUAUCAAGGUGGUGAAUGCGUUCCGUAGCUCCCUGUAUGAAGGCCUCCAGAAACCCGAAUCCAGAAGCUCCAUUCAUAACUUCAUGACUCAUCCAGAGUUCGAGGAAGACGAGCCUGAGACCCCAUUCCUCGAUGGCACUGAUGAAGACUUGGAAGCUGAAGAACUUAAAAAGCAAAGUGAAGAGAGUCCAGGGGAGUCCUCACCCCUCAACACAAAUAACAAUGCAAUGGACAGCAAUAUAGCUGAGGACACCAUGCCAGAGCCAGAAAGCCCUUUACACAGCUUGGAAACAUCAGUUUGAUCUCUGAACUUUGACCUUCCUGCUUCCCCUUUCUCUAGGCAACAUAGGCACCAAUAUCUGACCAUACGCUGCAGCUACUUUGGCCAAUUUCCUCUCCAUCCUCUUUAUGAUUUCUUGGCUGCAGAAAUCAUGGUGUCACCUGGGUAGAGUUGUAUUUUCAACAAAUUGCUUGGCAGAGGUGCCUCCCUCAUGAAAGAAAUCACCAGUGUGAUCAUCAUCUUCUCAAGUUGGGUACCACAUGUCUGUAGUAGUAAUUUUUCUCCUUGCUCAAGUUGUUAUGCUUAAAUAGAAAUGCUCUAGAUUCCCUUUAAAAGUUUGAUGUAUAGCAUCUAUGGCACAGUUGCAAGAUAUUUCCUUAAUUUUGUUUAUGGAAUCAGAAUCCUAGAUGCUUUUAAAUGUCCUUGGGAAGAUGACAAUGAGUGUCAUAGGAAUGUUUUUAAAGGGGAGGGGGUGAUCUGAGUAAGGAGUUAGAUGUGAACCUAGUCAUCCACAGAGCAAGCUGGGGAAGAACUAGUAUCCAUCCUUUUACUAUUUUGUUUCUAUUAUCUCUUUGUUUCCAGGAUAGUGUCAGUCACAAAAGAUGAGGAGGAAUAUAGACAGUCUUAAAAUAUA